GUGCUCUGUACGCUGUUUGCGUAGCGGGAACGCUAAACUAAGGGGAAGCAUAGGAGGAACAGACUUCGACACAACACCGGCGAACAUGACAUUUAGGUUUUGUGACUUUCCCUUACGUUAGUGGUGCAGUUUAUUUUGCUUAAAUAUGGGAAAACGAUCGCGAUAUAAACUUUUAACGUACUUUGGUGUAGCUGGGUUAAUAACAUUUGUAGCUAGCCUCGUUUUUAACAGAACAAUACUUCCGAAGAAGACUCCAACACCCAAAGAGCUCUACGUGAUCUCACCGUCAACAUACAGAUUCAUUUUGAACCAACCAGAACUGUGUGAGAAGAAGAGUCCUUUCCUGGUUCUUAUGAUCCCAGUGACUCUCAAAGACACAGAGGCGAGGACUGCUAUUAGAAGGACAUGGGGUCAAGAUGGCUUGAUUCCUCGUGUGACCGUUUUGCAUUUGUUUGUCAUUGGUCAGCCCGCACAAAGUGACCCAGUACUGCAGGAGCACCUGGAGAGGGAGAGCAAGGAAUAUGGGGACAUCAUUCAAAUGGACUUUGUGGACAGCUACCAUAAUCUCACAAUCAAGACGAUGAUGAUUAUGAACUGGAUAGCCACUUACUGCCGGGGUGCUUGGUAUGCCAUGAAGAUCGAUGCCGAUAUCUUUCUCAAUGUACGUUACCUGGUGGACUACCUGCAUGACCAGGGCGAGGCCUCCAGGAAAGACUACAUCUCUGGAUCCGUCAUCUCAGAUGCUGUUCCUCACAGGGACAGCUUCAACAAAUGUUGCCUGUGAUGCAGUUUGUGCCUGGAAAUCAGCUGCUCAAACAUAAUAAAUAAAGCAUCUAAC